AUGCGGAACUCGGAUCACCCGCUCGGAGGCAACUCAGCUCGGGAGACUGACCUGCUCUUCCUUACCGGCAUCAAUGAUUCAAUGGAAGGCUCGGAGAGGUCCAAAUCAAUCACUGAACGGCCGGCCGCGGCUACCUCCGAUUUCGGAGUAUUGCUGGACACGGUGGCAAGAUCCCUUAGUGACUCGACACAUUUAGAGAAUGAGCUCAAGAAACUGCUUAAUUCUAGGAGCAUGAAGCAAUUGGCCAGCUGUCAUGACCGAAUAGUCGCCUGCGAAGAUCGCCCGAAAUCCCUCUUUGACGAGAACGAAGAAAACCUCAUUCCAAAGAUCCAGCCUGAUGAAGAAUUCAUCAAAACCGCAGGAAUAAAUAAGCGCCCUGGCGUUCCUCUUGGCCUCAGCGUCGUCGACCGUGGACAUGACAUUAUCAUCCACCGGGUGAUGGUUGGCUCAUAUAUAGACAAGUUGGGACUUCUAAAACGCGGCUACGUCAUCAGAGCAGUCAACAAUAGAAUCUUCAGUAACGCGGCCGAGUUACAGGAGUACAUCUCUAACACCGACGGCAGCUUGGUUUUCAAACUUGCUGUAAAGCUAGACGCCGAGGAGAAGCCGAAACCAGUUUCGACCCCCUUCGUUCGCGCAUAUUUUUCAUACCGGCCGGACAGAGAUUCGCUCUUGCCGAAGAAAAACGUCGGCGUCGGGUUUGAAUCGGGCGAUGUUCUGAUUGUGCAUGACAAAAGUGACAAGCUCUAUUGGCAGGCGGAGAAUAUAAGAACGAAACAAACCGGUUUGAUUCCAUCUGAAUGGCUAGAAGAGCGGAGGAGAACGAAGAAAAUCCAGAAAGAAGCGCAGCGAAGACAAAUUACGAAGGAAACGACGGAGAGGAUCUUCUCGGCUUCCAAAUCACAGGAAUUUGACCGAUGCGACUGCCAAAUCUACGAGUCCGUCGCUAGAAUGCCUCCUUUCAAGAGAAAAAUGCUCAUCUUGAUUGGCGCAAUUGGAGUUGGUCGAGAAGCCAUCGCGAAACGCCUGAUAACAACACAUCCCGAGCGAUUUGGCCGUCCACGUCCAGAUACAACCCGCCAAGACGUAUCCAAGGAUAAGUAUAACAUCCGAAGCCUAGAGGAAAUCAACGAUGCUCUCGCUCAGAAAGAAUUUAUUGAAUAUGGAAAUUAUGAUGGGCAUUUCUUCGGCACUAGAAUGAAGAGUAUACAAGAUGUGAUUAGCCAGAACAAGAUUUGCGUGUUGGAUACUAACCCUUGGACCCUACGAUACCUCAAAACGCCUCAAUUUAUGCCUUACGUUGUAUUUAUCAAGUCUCCAAGCUUCGACACGCUGAAAGCGAAGCAACGCAGCCAAGUUGAAAACGGCUGGAGCGAAGUCGAACAAGACGAUUCAGAAUGCCGGCGAAUCGUACUUGAGUCUGAGCGACUGUCGAAGGAAUACGCUCACUACUUCGAUUCCUCGCUCGUUAAUGACAACUUUGACGAGACCUUUCAAAAGCUUCUAUCCGAAAUUGAUCGGCUCAGUGUUGACCAUCAGUGGGUGCCUGUCUCUUGGGUCUUUUGA